GAAAUAAGGCACCCAACCACCUUCCCCUCCGCCCCAAUCGCUUGCUCCCGCACGGCCGCACCGCCGCCGACCUCGCCGCCGGCAAUGGCGUGGCUCGCGCGCUCCAUCGCCAACUCCCUCAUCGCUACUGAGGAAGAACCCGAAGCAACCGACCGGGGCCCCUCGGCCUCCCCGGGCUCGUCCUCUCCCCCGCGCGGCGUCCGCGAGGACCUCUCCGAGCUAACCGGCGCGCUCGCGAACCGCUUCCAGGGCAUCGCCUCCUUCCUCGCGCCCGCGGCGCCUGGGGGCGGAGGCGCCCUGCGCCGGCCGGACCCGGCCGAGAUCGCGGGCCGGUUCCGCGCCGGCCUCGCGCGGCUCCCGGGCCGCCAGGCCGUAGCGGAUCUCGCCAGGAUCGCGUCCUCGCUCCUGCCCCCUGAGGGCGAUGCAGACUGGGCGGAGGAGGCAGCGGGGGUCACCGAAGAGGUGGUCGCGUUCGCGCGGGACGCGGCAUCGCGGCCCGAGCUAUGGCUCGACUUCCCCCUCCUCCCCGACGACGCGGACUCGGAUGAUUUUGACAUGACUGAUGCGCAGCAAGAUCACGCCCUGGCCGUGGAAAGCUUGGCGCCCGAGCUGGCUGAUCUGAGGAUCGAGCUCUGCCCCAGCCACAUGAGCGAGGACUGCUUCUGGAAGAUAUACUUCGUACUGCUGCAUCCUAAGCUCAGGAAGGAUGAUGCCGACAUUUUAUCCACUCCACAGAUUCUGGAAGCUAGGGACAAGUUGUCGCAGGAGGUGCGGUACCGGACGGAGUUACAAGGCAGCCACGGCGACACCGUACCUGUGGCUCUCGGCGAUGAAGGUGGCGUUUCAGGUUCUCUUGUAGAGGGUUUGGGCGUAUUGAAGGGCCAAGACGACUCCGCCAUGCUCACGUCUUUCAGCAACACGGACUACGGCAAGCCACAACCGAUCGAACAGGACAAGGAUAUUGUAUCGGUUCAUACGAUCGGCGAGACUGGAGCUGUUUCUUCGGAUAAUACCGGUAGCAGCGGUGUACCUGUACAGCUAGUGCCCGUGUCGAGAGACACCACCACCGUGGCGCCACUAUCUAGGACGGAAGAAAGUACGCACGAUCUCUCUACGGAAGACGAAGCAGCAGCAGAAGAAGAAGAGGAGCAGGGUCUGCAGAUGUCUGAGAUACCUUUGACGGACAGCUCUCCCCCUAAAGAUGGUCAACAGAAACAACCACUGGCUGCCAUCAGUGAGCGAUCAGGAGCUGACUAUCAGAAAAGUGAUAAUGUUGAGGAUGGCGGCGACGGCGUCGAAGAUGACGACGGGGAUGAAUGGUUGGAAGAGGAAGCAUGGGACCCGGGAAACACGCAAAUUCCGAUAGCAGAUGAUGAAGACGUGUCUUUCAGUGAUCUGGAGGAGGAAGACGAUGGUGCGGCCUGACAUCGCCUGUAGGCUUGGCUUGACCGUACUGCUUACGUAGUCUGUGCUUCCUGUUCCGUUAUACGAUUGGUACAAUUGUCUUGGUUGAUGUCU